AUGUUCUUAGCUACACUUUUUCUAUUCCUCACUUUGGCAGUGUCACAAAGUCUGGUUUCAGAUUCCUUUCUGUUUCUUUCCUCUCCUCUCUUUCUUGUCUUUGUUCCUUCUCAAUCUCUUUCCCUUUCUUUCCUCUCUCUUUUUUUUUUUUUACUCUUUCUUCUUUCUUCUCACUCUUUAAUCUUCUCCCUUCAUCCUUUCUUUCUUCUCCUUCUCUCUUUUUUCUUCUUCUACUCUUUAUUUCCUCUCUCCUUUUUCUUUCUUCUUUUUAUCUGUUUCCUCUCUUUCUUUUAUCUCUCUUCUCUCUGUUUCUUCUUCUUUUUCUUUUCUCUCUUACUUUCCUGCCUCUCUCUUGUUUCUUCUUUCUGUCAUCUUUUCUCUCUCUCUCUCUCUCAAUUUCGUUUCACUCUCUCUAUUUCUUUCUUGCCGGUUUCUUCUCACUCUCCUCUUUCAUUCUUUCCUCUCGUCUUUGUUUCUUUCUUCUCUCUUUUUGCUUUUGUUUUUCUCUUUCUGUCCGGUUUCUUCUUUUUCUUUCUUCUCUCCCUCUUUGUUUCUUCUUUUUCUCUUUCCUUUUCUCUUUCAUUCUUCACUCUUCUCUUUUUGCCUCUCUCAAUCCCUCACACUUUCAUUCUCUUACUCUUUCUUCCGUUUUUCUAA